AUGAUUUCCUCAAUGCUUUCAAUGCUCUCGCUUAGCGAGCCGACACCAGAAGGUGCUAUUGCUCUGAAGUCGUUGGUUUUCAAGCCUAAGACCGCAAAGACAGCCACUCCAGUUCCUCUUAUUGUUGUUGCGCCUGCUUCUGUGCCUACUCCAGGAGGGGCUAUUGCAAAAGCAGGUUCUGUGAAGGAGCCUAGAUUGGCUGCCGACGAGCUCACCCAGCAAUUUUUCAACACUGCUGCUAAGGAGUUCACUAUUGCCUCUCUUGGAAACGACCAUGUUGGCAAGGUUCGUGUUCUUCUUGAACAUAGCAUCAAAUCUGACUCCACUUUGUACUACUUGUCCAACUCCACUGGUAAGGUUGUUUUGACUGGAGAAAAGAUCCACGAGUUCCUGGCCACUUUCGAGCCUACUGUGGUCGACUUUGCCGCCAAGGAGGAGCCAAAACAGGAGGUCAAGUCUGACGCCAAGAUCGACGACGCCAAGCUCAUUGGUGUGACCGUUGAUAGAGAUCUUGAUUUUUCAGGCUGGUACCAACAGAUCUUGACCAAGGGAGAGAUGCUUGACUACUACGACGUUUCCGGUUGUUACAUCAUGCGUCCUGCUUCCUACUCCAUCUGGGAGAAGAUUCAAAGAUGGUUCGACGACCGGAUUAAGGCUGACGGUGUUUCCAAUGCCUACUUCCCAAUGUUUGUUUCUUCGAGAGUUCUGGAGAAAGAGAAGGACCACGUUGAAGGUUUUGCUCCAGAGGUUGCCUGGGUGACCAAGGCCGGAUCCUCGGACCUGGAGGAGCCUAUUGCUAUUAGACCAACAAGUGAGACCGUUAUGUAUCCAUACUAUGCCAAGUGGAUCCGUUCUCACAGAGACCUGCCUUUGAAACUUAACCAGUGGAAUUCUGUGGUCAGAUGGGAGUUCAAGCACCCACAGCCAUUCCUGAGAACAAGAGAGUUCUUGUGGCAAGAAGGGCACACUGCUCACUUGACCGAAGAAGAAGCCGGAAAACAGGUGCGUUUAAUCUUGGACCUCUACGCCGGAGUGUACGAGGAACUACUUGCUGUUCCUGUGAUAAAGGGUGUCAAGACCGAGAACGAGAAGUUUGCUGGAGGAUUGUACACCACCACAUGUGAAGGUUACAUUCCAACCAGUGGAAGAGGUAUUCAGGGUGCUACCUCUCACCACUUGGGUCAGAACUUCUCCAAGAUGUUCGGCAUUUCUGUGGAAAACCCUCUUGGUCCUGAGCAUCCAAAGAUUUUUGCUAACCAGACUUCUUGGGGUCUGUCUACUAGAGUCAUUGGUGUCAUGGUGAUGAUCCACUCCGACAACAAGGGACUGGUGAUUCCUCCAAGAGUGUCGCAGAACCAGGUCGUGAUCAUUCCUGUUGGUAUUACCAACAAGACCACCAAGGAGGUCGAAGAGAAGCUGUACAAGACUUGUUCCGAGUUGAAGGAGCAGCUGUCUGCCUCGGAGGUGCGUACUAUCACCGAUUUCAGAACAAACUACUCUCCGGGUUGGAAGUUCUCCGACUGGGAGCUUAAGGGUGUUCCAAUCAGACUGGAGGUUGGUCCAAAGGACUUGGCCAAGAACUCUGCCCUGGCAGUGAGAAGAGACACUGGUGAAAAGGUAUCUGUUUCGCUGGACUCUAUCAAGACUGACAUUCCAAAGCUUUUGGAAACCAUCCAACAAUCUCUUUACCAAAACGCCAAGGACAAGUUCGACACCCACAGAAAGAUCGUCACCGAGUGGAAGGACUUUGUGCCAACGCUCAACAAGAAGAAUGUCAUCCUGGCCCCAUGGUGUGGUGACGCUGACUGUGAGGACGAUAUUAAGGACUCGUCCGCCAAGAAAGACAGCGGAGAGGAGUUCGAGACCGACGAGAAGGCUCCUUCGAUGGGUGCCAAGUCGCUGUGUAUUCCUUUCGACCAGCCAGAGCUCAAGGAGGGCCAGAAGUGUGUCAAGUGUGACAAGCCGGCCAUCAACUUCACCAUGUUUGGUAGAUCUUACUGA